CAGAAAUGGAACUCCAACGAGUCCUGCACAUGAGUGGAGGCGAAGGCGAUACAAGCUACGCCAAAAAUUCAUCCUACCAAAAGUUGGUACUGACCAAGGUGAAGCCUGUACUUGAACAAUGCAUACAAGAAUUGUUGCGGACCAACUUACCCUACGACGAGAAGUGCAUUAGAGUUGCUGAUUUGGGAUGCUCUUCAGGACCAAACACACUAUUAACAGUUUCGGACAUCAUACAAAGUAUUGACAAAGUUAGCCAGGAAAUGGACAAUGAAUUUGCACUGCCCACGAUUCAGGUUUUUCUGAAUGAUCUUUUCGAAAAUGAUUUCAAUACGGUUAUCAAGUCGCUGCCAAGCUUCUACCGCAAACUUGAAAAAGAAAAUGGAAGCAAAAUAGGAUCGUGCCUGAUAGCAGACUCUUUCUACGGCAGACUCUUCCCCGAGCAGUCCGUCCAUUUUUUACACUCUUCUUACAGUCUCCAUUGGUUAUCUCAGGUUCCCAGUGGUUUGGUGACUGAAUCGGGGAUCAGUGCGAAUAAAGGGAGCAUUUACUCUUCCAAAGCAAGUCCUCCGGCCAUCCAGAAGGCAUAUUUGGAUCAAUUUACGAAAGAUUUUACCACAUUUCUCAGGAUGCAUUCGGAAGAGUUGGUUUCACAUGGCCGAAUCCUCCUCACUUUCAUGUGUAAAGGAGAUGAAUUCGACGGCCCAAAUAUCUUAGACUUACUUGAGGUGGCAAUAAACGACUUGGUUGUCGAGGGAAGUCUGGAGGAAGAAAAACUGGACAGUUUCAAUGUUCCAAUCUAUGCGCCUUCAGUAGAAGAAGUCAGGCACAUAAUUGAGGAGGAACGUUCUUUUGAAAUUGUAUACGUGGAGACGUUUAAGCUCCGUCAUGAUGCUGGCUUCUGCAUUGAUGAUAACCAGUUAGGAUCCCAUUCCCAGGUACGCUUCUGCGAUGAACAUGUUAGAGCAGCCCAUGUGGCAUCAUUCGUUAGAGCAGCUUGGGAACCUAUCCUAGCAAGCCAUUUUGGAGAAGCUAUUAUAGCCGACUUAUUCCACAGGUUUGCCAAGAAUGCAGCAACGCCUCUCCGCAUGGGCAAAGGCUUCUUUAAUAAUCUCAUCAUUUCUCUCGCCAAGAAACCACACAAGGCAGACAUGUAAAUAUUUGUUUUUAGAUAUGUAGUACC